AUGCCAUCUCUUGGACAAGUUGAUGUCUUAUCUGACGAUGAGGGACACACCAAGUCGAACAAUGAAGCAGUGCCGAGGGUGAGGCAAAGAGGGCCCUCCAGUCUCAGGUUACCUGCAAGAAGCCGCAUUUUUCGUGUCAAAGUGGGUGUUGCACAUGUGGGGAAACAUGAUCCACGACAUCUAGCCAACCUCAUCAGAAGCAAAUGUGGUUGCAAAUCAGAUUGCUUUCAAGCUUUUCGAUCCCAUGAACAUCAGCUGCAAGAAUGGAUGACGCUUCGAAAGAACAUUGCAAAGUUGUCAAAGCUCGAGCAUGACAAGUACGUCUACAAGAUCCUCCAGGCUCAGGACAGCACUCCGUGCCGGGGUUCGCGACACCUGUCGGUUGAACUGCUCACCCGCUACAAAGAUUGGACAAACUGGCUGUCUUUCCACUUCGGGCAUGCGAAGUUAAAGGGCAUUGGUGGCCCAGGGGCACCUCAUGUGAUGCGAUUGGAAAGGACGAAACAGUGGAUGAGUGAUCAAGCUUGGCAACCCACCACGUUCUUGUUCCUUCCAGCCUCAGUGGCUCAGCGGGUUCAGGGUGACUCUCCUCCAGGUUUCAUGGAGAAGCCAGUGAACCCCCAGUCUGAUGAGAGCAAGUCCCUCCGGAAAUAUGCGGCUUUGCCACAACUGGGACCUGCGGUUGGCCGGUCUGCCUGGCCAACGGUGCAAGGAUCGGGUCGUGAUUCGGCACAAAAUGAACAUCUCACUGCAAUGGGCGGCCCAAAGCGGAAGGCACCUAGCACUGGAACGGCUGGGUCUAAGGCCAAGGCGAGUAAGAAAGGUAACAAUGCUACCUUGAGUGUUCCACCUGAUGCCAUGAAGUUGCCCCAUCUUCGAAUCUAUGAUGACUGGGCGCAAGAGAACCUGUUCUCGGUCAACAAGACCCUGGAUGUCUUCCUCACACAUGAGCUCAGAAAGGAGGCCAUAUCAUAG